UUCUUCUUCUUCUUCUUCUUCAUUUCCGACGAUCACCUUUGACUUUAAAAGAAGCCGUCGGCGAUUUCUCCAAUCCCAAACGACAUGUCGUCGCCAUUUCCCGCCCUCGCCCUCAUCUCUCUCUUCCUCCUCUCCACACUCACACUCUCCCAAGCUCACGACACAGUCUGCAUCGUCGGCGCCGGCAUCGGCGGCGCCUCCGUCGCCCACUUCCUCCGCGAAUACUCCACUCUCAACCUCACAAUCCGAAUCUUCGAGCGAAACCCCGUCGUCGGAGGCCGCAUGGCGACGGUCAACGUCUCCGGCGAGUUCUUCGAGGCCGGCGCCUCUAUCCUCCACCCCAAGAACUUCCACGCCGUCAACUACACCAAGCUGCUCAACCUCACCGUCAACGCGCCGUCGGACGAUUCCGAGGGCUUCGGGAUUUGGGACGGCGAGAAGUUCAUAUUCAAGACUCUGAGCUUCAAAUCGAAGCUUCCAUUUGUGGACAAAAUCGUGUCAAUUGCGAAUUCGCUGCUGCUGUUCGUCCGGUACGGCUACUCGCUCGUCAGAAUGAACAGACUCGUAGAGACUAUGUUGAAUAACUUCUUCAAGUAUUAUGAGAGCUUGGAGACUAGGCCGGUUUUCGAGGCGGUGGAUGAGAUGCUUAGAUGGUCUGGAUUGUACAAUCUGACUGCGAGGACUUUGGCUGAGGAGUUGGCUGAUGCUGGACUGGCUCCCUUGUUGAUCAAAGAGCUUGUCACUGUCAUCACAAGAAUCAAUUAUGGCCAAAGUGUCAGUAUGAGUGGACUUGCUGGUGCGGUUUCGUUGGCAGGAUCUGGUGGAGGAUUGUGGUCUAUCAAGGGAGGGAACUGGCAAAUGGCUUCUGGAUUGAUUGACCGUUCCAAUGUUGCAUUACAUCUUCAGGAAGAGAUAAAAUCUAUUUCUUCAAUUGGGGAAUACUAUGAACUUAAUUCUACCAUGGGCAAUACUUAUGCAUGUGAUGUUGCGGUAGUUGCUACACCUCUAGAUGAGCUGAAUGUUCAGUUUACACCUUCAGUUUCAAUUCCUAAAGGAGUGUUACAACAUACACAUGCAACUAUGGUUAGAGGCCUUUUAAAUCCGGUAUAUUUUGGUGUGAAUUCAGUGUCAAAACUCCCAGAACUGAUAGCCACACUUGAGGAUCCUAAUCUUCCAUUUACAUGCAUCUCUGUUCUCAAGCAACAUGCAAGUAAUGAUGUCACCUACAAGAUAUUUUCUCGACAACCAUUGGCGGAGGCACUAUUGGAUAGUGUCUUCAGCGCAAGGAAGGAGACGAUUCGAAUAAAUUGGGCCGCAUACCCUCAUUAUACGGCUCCUGAAGCAUUUGCACCCUUUAUAUUGGAUGGUCAGCACUUGUACUAUGUGAAUGCUUUUGAGAGUGCAGCAAGCACAAUGGAGACGAGCGCUGUUGCGGCUGAGAAUGUAGCCAGACUCAUCCUGUCAAGGUAUCUUAGUGAUGUACCUGUGAGUAUGAAAAUCUUGAGCUCCGGUUCCAAUGGGGGAGGGGUUCAUGUAGAUCUGUGAAAUCGUUUGUUUUUCUUUGAUAAAGAGAUCUGUCAAUUGUGCUUCUAUCUAAACCUCAUUGUAAUUGAGUUAGGUGACAUUGUGACACAAAUGUAGGACAUUGCAAAAGUCAAAAACAACUGAAAGAAAUAUGUUGUAAACUGUAAGAACUUAUUAGACACAAGCAUUUUCCUCAUUACCAACCAGGUCUAGUUGUAAAAACUCGACAGUCUUACAAUGUGCGUAUCAUCAGGAGUAAUCUUGUGGUUCUUAUACUAUCUCCAAUAGUGAUGCUCCAACAUUCGUUUUUUUGGAAUGUAAGAAACAUAUGUAUGCCUAAUGUAUCCGUAGACGUAGCUGUGUGUUCUUCACCAAUAGUGUGUUAUAUAUAAUAAUUGCCUUCUGUUGA